UGCUCAGGAUUAUGGAAGGGUCCUGAUCCUGUGUUAAUAUGGGGUCGAGGACAUGUUUGUGUUUUUUCACAAGAGGAGAAUGAAGCUCAGUGGUUACUGGAGUGUUUGGUAAGGAGUGCGGAACUAAGGAAGGUCAACUCCAAUGACGUUCCUAUAAAGGAAGCAGAAUGAAAGUGGCUCGAUUAUUGUUUCUGAGGUUUUGUCACUGGUUAAUGCAAACAGUGAGGAAAUAGAGUUUGGAGCGGUGUUGCUUUUGGCUUUACUAGCUCCUUUAGAAAAAUACUUUAUAUCACCUAAUAGCUGUGCAGUACUCUGCAAAGAGCUUUACAGCAGUGAAAUAUGGUAAUUUCACCCUCAGCAUGAAGUGAAGUUUUUCAAUAGAGCAAACCAAGAGUACUGCUGUAAUAGAAACGUUUGUCUGAAUUGAAACACUUAGGGGAGCUAUUAUGAAUUUGGGUGAAGGGACAGCCUCUAGUUAAAGACUGUCUACCGCUGACAGUGCAUCUCUGCUGGUUCCGGAACAGCUGAGAGAACUGGCAACUUUGGAGUGUGACUUUGUCCUGGGAAUGUUACAGUCCCCUAGCAACAAGUAUCCCAACUCUAUAAUGACAACACUCACUAAAUCCCAGUGCUUUAUAGCAAAGCUGACUAUAAACUCUGAACUUUAGAAAUGAUGACUGUCUAACUUUUGAGGAUGUGGCUGUGAACUUCACCUUGGAGGAAUGGGAUUUGUUGAAUCCUUCCCAGAAGCAACUCUACACAGAUGUGAUGCAGGAAACCUUCAAAAACCUUGUUGCUAUAGGACAAACUGAGGAAGGCCAGAGGAUUGAAGAUGAUGAACAUUUUAGGAGAAACCUAAGAAAUGAAGUGGUGGAAUUAUUGUAUGAACCCAGUGAAGGGAGACAAUGUGAAGAAAUCAUCAGCCAGUUUCCAGUUACUGUUGUGAACAAGAAAACCCCUCAUGGAGUAAAACUGUGUGAAAGUAAUUUAUGUGAAGACAUACUUAUUGGUCUCCCACCCCUAAAUAUGCAUAACCCCAUUCAAACAGGACAUAAACCAUAUGAAUAUGAGAUAUAUGAAGACAGAGACAGUCUCUAUAAAUUUAGGGAAUCUAGGAAAUCCUUCAUGUAUCCUGAAUGCUUUCUAAAGCAUGAAUAUAAUCACACCAUAGAGAAGCCAUAUAAAUGUCAGCAAUGUGGAAAAGCCUUUUCUUCUUCCAGUAAAGUUCGAAGACACGAAAGAACUCAUACUGGUGAGAAACCCUACAUAUGUAACCAUUGUGGGAAAGCCUUCCCUAGUCGUGGUUCCCUUCGACGACAUGACAGGAUUCACAGUGGAGAGAAACCCUUUGUUUGUAAGUAUUGUGGGAAAGCUUUCACUGGUCAAAGUUCACUUCCACGACAUGAAAGAAUUCACAGUGGAGAGAAACCCUAUGUAUGUAAGUACUGUGGGAAGUGUUUUAUUUCUUCAAGUACCUGUCGAGUACAUGAACGGACUCACACUGGAGAGAAACUCUAUGUUUGUAACUUGUGUAAUAAAGCUGUCACUACUCGUACUUCCCUUCGAAAUCAUGAAAGAAUUCACAGUGGUGAGAAACCCUAUGUCUGUGAACAGUGUGGGAAAGGUUUCAUCUCUUCUGGUACCUUUCGAAUACAUGAGCGAAUUCACACUGGAGAGAAGCCCUAUAAGUGUAAGGAAUGUGGUAAAGCCUUCACUAUACAGAGUUCUCUUCAACGACAUGAAAGGAUUCACACUAGGGAAAAACCCUAUGACUGUAAGGAAUGUGGGAAAGCUUUUAGUGGUUACAGUUCCCUUCGACGCCAUGAAAGGAUUCACAGUGGAGAAAGACCCUAUGCGUGCAAGCAGUGUGGGAAAGCCUUUCCUGCUUUGGGUGAUUGUCAAAGACAUGAGCAAAUUCAUACUGGUGAGAAGCCCUACAUAUGUAAGCAGUGUGGGAAAGCCUUCACUCGUUGUGGUUCCCUUAGAAUACAUGAAAAGACCCAUACUAGAGAGAAUUCUUAAGCAUAGAAUGUUGAAAGGCCUCCUUAUUGCAUGUCCCUUCUAUAAAUAACAUGACAGUGUUUACGGAAGAAAACAAGACUCAAUAUGAAGUUGUGAGGGCUGCCAUUAGGCAUAUUAUUAGAUUAACAAACAUAAAGAACAAACUAAGAAUGCACCCAAUAUCAAAACUUGUACAGAAACAUCAGAAACUUGAUUGUAAGAAAUAGUUUUAAAAUUCUGAAAAUUCUUCAAGUAGUGGAGUACUACAAAUGUGCAUUAUGAAAGGUUCAAUGCUCCAAAAAUUACAUAUCCUGGAAGAAAUUUUCUAAAAAUUAUAUUACACUCAUUAGUUUAUUAUUAAAAUAGAUAUAUGAACUAUUUAUUUCUAAGUUUAACUCUUGUAAGUAAAUGGUGGCAUGGCAUAAUUCUCUGAAGUUUGCUUAAGUAAUGGGGCAAGGGUUAAUAGGUCGAGUUUUUUUUUUUGUUUUUUUUUUUUACCAUUUUCCCUACCAGUCUGAAGAAUUUUGAUUGAUUGAAUGGUGGAAUGGCCUUUUGCGAUGUAGUUAUAGCACGAGUGAGUUGGCAAUAGCUUACAGUACUAGGGCAAGGUUCUCCAGAAGGAUAGAUUUGUUCUAAAUUGUCAUCUAAUAUAAUACUGUUUUUCUCCUGAGUCUAGAAGUCAAGGGAGGAGAGGGGGAGUCAUCCUUGGAACUUACUAGCAAAAUUUUUGCUUCCUGUUCUGUUGGUCUUAUGGUUCAACAAAGGGAUGUCCUUCCACUGGGAGGAACAAACAUUCCUUUGAACUGAGAGCUAAGAGACCCACACACACCCCAACCUACCCCUGGUUUACUCUAGGUUCUUUGUACCCUUGAGUUAACUAAAAACAGUAUUGACGUGGGGAGCAGGGAAUGAGACUACAAUUCAGCAAUGGAGAUGUGCUAAUUAUUUUUUACUACUUGAUACAAGUUAGAGUUAUCCGGAAACAGAGAACAUCAAUUGAGGAAUUGCCUCCAUUAGAUUGACUGUAAGCAAGUCUAUGAGGAUUUUCUUGAUUAAUGAUGGAUGUGACAGGGCCACUGUGGGUGGUCCGCUCCUAGGUAGUGGUCCUGUGUUGUAUAAGAAAGCAGGCUGAGCAAGCCAUAAGAAGCAAACUAAUAAUUAGUCUUCCUCCAUGGUCUCUGCUUCAAAUCCUACUUCUAAGUUCCCGCCUUGAGAUUCUACCCUGGCUUUCUCAGUGCUGGACUAUAAAGUGUAAUCCAAAACAAACCCCUUUCUCCUCAGCUUGGUUUUGGUCAGUGUUUUAGCAACAACAGCAACAAAUCAAACUAGGACAAGAGGAAAGGAAGACUAUUCUUGGAUUCCCUUAGUAUUACCAAGUCUGGUGAUCAAAACCCAUAGGAAGCUACAACUCAGUCCAAACAGGGUAAUAAAUGGCUCAGAUACUUCAAGAAUGAAAUUGAGAGUUACUUCUCAAGGUAAAGAAUUAGCUAAUUUGGAUAUAUGGUGUUUUUAUUUACAAGGUUUUUAAUACUAAAAUGUAUUUAAAUUAAAAAUUUUAAAACCAAGAUGCUUAGUGCUUGCUGAAGAUGGGGAAAUACAAAAUGACACCAGAAAAGAUACUUAAUAAAUAUAGUACACUUGUGAGACCUCACAAAAGUGAGGAUUCCAAUUGUUUUCUGUCUUAUUUUGUUAAAAAUAUGCCUUUAAUCCCAGCACUCAGUAGGCAAAGGCAUAUGAGUCCUUGUGAGUUCAAAACCAACUUGGUCAACAUAGUGAAUUCCACAACAGCCAGGGAUGCAUAAUGAGACCCUGACUCAAAAACAAACAAACAAAAAAUAUGUUUAUUUUUAUAAUGUGAUGGUUAUUGUUGAUUGCCACUUAAAAAAAAAUCUAGAAGCACCUGUGAGAUGGGCCCCUGAGCUUCCCUGUGAGCAAUUAUCUUGAUUGCAUAAAUGAGGUAGAAAGACACCCACUUCUGGAAAUGCCAUUCCCUGACUGGGACCCAGGAGCGUAUAAAAGUGGAAAAAGUUAGCUAGCUGAGCACAAGCCUACAUGCAUUAAUUCAUUGCUCUUUGCUUUGACUGUGGAAGUAAUGUGAGAAGAUGCCCCAAGUUUUUGCCAUGUUGACUUCCCCCACAGUGAUGGAAUUCUGAGCUAAACAAACCCCUUUUUCUUUAUGUUGCUUUUAUCUGGCUAUUUUGUCACAACAGGAAAUGAAGCUAAAACAUAUGCACACAUAUAUUAAGCAACUGGUUACGUUUUCUUUCAUCUCUUUCUUUACCAUGUAAUAUAUUUAUUGAGUUAAUGCCGAUAUUGGGUAUUGCUAUGUAUUGUCAUAUUUAAUUGUGAUAUAGUAAAUGAAUAAGCUUUCCUAAAGGGACUUUGACACCUAUUCUAAGGAAACAAUGUGUUUUCAGUUGUACAUGAGAAUUGUUAGGUGAAGUACAUUAUUGUCUUAUUUAGAAACAGUAUAUAACAUAGGAUGUUGUUGGGUAUCAAGUUCAUAAAGGACUUGGAAUGGUUGGUCUUCAUUUUCCACUUGGCUAGUGAAAUGCACCUUUACAUUUUGGUGGGGAAAUUUCCACAGGAGGAGUGACAUGUGGGACAGUGACUUGAAGGGGAAAACCCACACUUAAUGUAGACAACAACUUCCAACAGCAUCCCAGAGGAAGUCUCAGGAAAAAGCAACAGGCACAUACCUGCCUUCCCUUCGGUCUGAGUGCAUCUAUUAAUGCUACUACAAUCUCUUCUGAUACCAGACUCUAUUUUCUUCUUCUCAACAUGGACUCAAUUCAAGUGACUCUCCAGGCAUUUCCAGGCUUUUAGCCUCAGAUUGGGACUCCUGAGGCAUUUAGAUUCUUGGGGUGGGUAGCUGCCAAGUUUUCUGCUUCUCUGGUGUGCAGCCAGCAAUGAUCAUCAGUCCCUAUCAUGUAUGACAGUCUAGUAAAAGCCUUCUAUAAUAAUUUUCUUCAUCUCAUUCCUCUGGAAAACCCUGACUAAUAUGAUGUCAUUAGUUCAAAGACGGGAAUUUUUCUUUUUCAGUUUGCAAAAUGUAUUCAAUUUAAAUUUUUUUAAAGAUAUGUACAGAAUGUUUUGGAUUUCAUUUUUGUCUGUUUGGUCUUGGUCCCUGCUACUAAUUGAGAACUGUUUACUUUUUUAAAAUCUCUGUGUGAACAUGCAUAUACCACAGGACAUGUGUGUAGGUCCAAGGACAGCUUUGGUUGUCUUCAUGUUCCAUCUUGAUUGAGGCAGGAGACUCUCUUGUUUCUGCUGCAUAUGAGAGCUGCACUGUGAACU